ACCUUUACUCCCCCGGCGGCUGUCUGCGGCGGGCGGGAUGCGCCGCGCAAAGCAAAUAGUUAAAGAUUUCGGGGGGAGGAGCCAGGCCACAAUCCGCAAUUAAAGAUGAACUUUGGGUGAACUAAUAUAUCGACCAAGGUAGGGUGGGCAGCAACCUGGGAAGGGUAUAAAAGGCGGCCAGCGGCGAGCCUGGCCCGCGCACUCCGAGCUCCCGGGGGGCCAGGCUGGACUCGCUCCCUAGCCAUGGGCUUCUCCGCCCUGGUUGCCAGCGUCCUGUGCACCUUCCUGCUGCCCAUGCUGCUCUUUCUGGCCGCUGUCAAGCUCUGGGACCUGUACUGCGUGAGCGGCCGCGACCCCAGCUGCCCGCUCCCGCUGCCGCCGGGCACCAUGGGGCUCCCCUUCUUCGGGGAGACGCUACAGAUGGUGCUUCAGAGGCGUAAAUUUCUGCAGAUGAAGCGCAGGAAAUACGGCUUCAUCUACAAGACUCACCUAUUCGGGCGGCCCACUGUGCGAGUGAUGGGAGCCGAGAACGUGCGGCAUAUCUUGCUGGGCGAACACCGGCUCGUGUCCGUGCAGUGGCCCUCAUCGGUGCGCACCAUCCUGGGCUCGGGCUGCCUCUCCAAUCUCCACAACGGGCAGCACAAGCACCGCAAAAAGGUAAUCAUGCAGGCCUUCUCCCGGGAAGCCCUGCAGCACUACGUGCCCGUCAUCCAGGAGGAGGUGAGUGCCUGCCUGGCGCGGUGGCUGGGUGCCACCGGGCCCUGCCUGCUAGUGUACCCCGAGGUGAAGCGCCUCAUGUUUCGCAUCGCUAUGAGGAUCCUGCUGGGCUUCCAGCCCUCUCAGGCCAGCCCUGACGGCGAGCAGCAGCUUGUGGCUGCCUUUGAGGAGAUGAUCCGCAACCUCUUUUCCCUCCCCAUAGAUGUGCCUUUCAGCGGGCUCUACCGGGGCUUGCGGGCACGCAACAUCAUCCAUGCCAAGAUAGAGGAGAAUAUCCGUGCCAAGAUGGCCCGCAAGGAGCCUGAGAGUGGCUACAAGGAUGCGCUGCAGCUGCUUAUGGAGCACACACAAGGCAAUGGGGGGCAGCUCAACAUGCAGGAGCUGAAGGAGUCUGCUACAGAGCUGCUGUUUGGGGGCCACGAAACCACUGCUAGUGCUGCUACGUCACUGAUUGCCUUCCUAGGGCUCCACCACGAUGUCCUGCAGAAAGUUAGGAAAGAGCUGCAGGUGAAGGGGUUACUGUGCAGUCCCAACCAAGAGAAGCAGCUAGAUAUGGAGGUCUUGGAACAGCUGAAGUACACAGGCUGUGUCAUCAAAGAGACCCUCCGGCUGAGCCCACCUGUUCCUGGAGGAUUUCGAAUUGCACUCAAGACCCUUGAGCUAAAUGGUUACCAGAUCCCUAAAGGUUGGAAUGUUAUUUACAGUAUCUGCGAUACCCAUGAUGUGGCAGAUCUCUUUACCAACAAGGAGGAAUUUAACCCGGAUCGCUUCAUGUCUCCGUCUCCAGAGGAUUCCUCUAGGUUCAGUUUCAUUCCUUUUGGUGGCGGUUUGAGGAGCUGCGUGGGCAAAGAGUUUGCAAAAGUCCUUCUGAAAAUAUUUACAGUGGAGUUGGCACGGAGCUGUGACUGGCAGCUGCUGAAUGGACCUCCUACAAUGAAAACUGGCCCCAUAGUGUACCCUGUUGACAACCUGCCUACCAAAUUCAUAGGUUUCAGCGGCCAAAUCUGAGAGCUCAACACUUGCCUCUGGCUGGAUUUCUCCAUAGUAUCUAAUGUGUACAAAGUAACUUUUUAUAGUAACUAUUUAAAUUUGUAAAUGUACAAUAGUUAUUUAUGACUUCAAAUAUUUCAAAAGGCUAUGAUAUUUUUUUCCCCAAGCACUACAAUUAUGGGUCUCUGAUUCAUAAUUAGAUAAUGUUAUUUCUAUAGAAAUAAGUUUUCCCCUAUUUAAGUCUUAUUGAAAGCUGGCCAGCUAAGCAUUUGAAGAUGUUUCACAAUGGUGUAUGUAUUAAAUAUUCUUAAAGACAUUUGAAACAAUGGUAACUGGCUACUCAUCUGAAUUAUCUAAAAUGGUUACUGUUUCAGAACUAUUUCAGUAUUAUUUGUGUCUAGAUCUUAUGUUUAAUGUGUGAAUUUUGAGUUUGAUAAUAAAGUUUAUUUUUGAUGAUCCUCUGUA